AUGUCUCAGAUCAACGACAACGAACUCGCUCAGGGGCUGCAGAAGCAAGAUUCCCGCACACCCUCCAACAACAUGGCUGCCUCUCUUGCCAUUCCUGGUGAAGCCGGCCAGAACCAGCAGGGUGGCGUCAACUCCAUCGAAGUCCCAGCGACAAGGAGUUCCAUCUCUGACGCUCAGAACUACAUGCACAACCUGUCUCUCUCGCCCUCCAUGAGGGACAGGAGGGGAUCCAGGAACUCGUUCGGUACCUCGCUGCCCAUUCCCCGUUCAAAGAGGCAGUCCAGGUUGUCUUCUGUUCACUACCCCGGCGGCGCUGCUCAGCGCCCUGGCAUGCCCCCAAUCCAGCCCUCCCGCGACAUCAUCGCUGCUCAGCUCCAAGACCUUGCUGGUGAGAAGGUUCACGCUGCCAAGGACAUGGCUUUCGUCUUCGACAUCGACGGUGUCCUCGUCCAUGGUGACCGCCUCAUCCCCGAGGGCAAGCGUACCCUCGAGAUCCUGAACGGCGACAACGAGCUCGGCAUCAAGAUCCCCCACAUCUUCUUGACCAACGGUUCCGGAAAGCUUGAGGGACCCCGUUGCCAGCAGCUGUCCAACAUCCUCAAGAACCCCAUCUCCACCGACCAGUUCAUCCAGUCCCACACUCCCAUGCGUGCUCUCGCCGACUACUACGAGACCGUCCUCGUCGUUGGUGGUGAGGGUUACAAGUGCCGUGAGGUUGCUCAGGAGUACGGUUUCAAGAACAUUGUUGUCCCCAACGACAUCAUUGCCUGGGACCCCACCAUUGCUCCUUACCGCGUCUUCACCGACGAGGAGCGUGCCACAUCCAACCCCCGCGACUUCUCCAAGAUCAACAUUGAUGCCAUCAUGGUCUUCUCCGACUCCCGCGACUACGCCACCGACAUGCAAAUCAUCAUGGACCUUCUCCAGUCUGAGAACGGUCGCUUCGGAACUCGUGCCAAGGACCCUGUCUCCCAGCGCAUUCCCAUCUACUUCUCCCAGGGUGACUUGCUGUGCCCCACUGAGCACCCCUUCCCCCGUAUGUCUCAGGGAGCUUUCCGCAUUGGUCUCGAGGCCAUGUACAAGGCUCUUACCGGUGCGGAUCUCGAGCGUGUCGUCUACGGCAAGCCUGAGCUGGCUACCUACAAGUACGCCGACGAGGUCAUUGCCUCGUGGAUGGAGCAGAUCCACAACGAUGAGCGUCUGCCUUCCAACAUCUACAUGAUUGGUGACAACCCGGCUUCCGACAUCAUCGGUGGUAACAUGUACGGCUGGAACACUUGCCUGGUCCGCACUGGUGUGUUCCAGGGUGGUGACAACGACGAGAACAACCCGGCCAGCUUCGGUGUGUUCAAGAACGUCCUUGAGGCCGUCCAGACUGCCAUCAAGAAGGAGAUUGGCCAGGACUUCAAGUUCGAGUUCAACGAGUCCAUUAACCCUGUCACUGGCAACGCUGGUGUCUCUGCUAUCGAGUAA